UCAUAAUCAAAUUAGCUGAAUGCAUAUCGCCCAGAUUUGAGUUUGUUUUCCUAUACAGCAUGUUUUGCCUCUAAAAUGGCAACUAUAGCCGAGAUAUUACAGUAGAUGCAAAAAAACCCAACCCCAAAAUCUUAACUCGAUUGCCCACUUGAACAAAACAUACAGACAUGCGUUUGUUUUGAAGUCCACAUCUCUCAAUUUCCGGUAAUGUUUCACCUUACAGUGUAUAAUUUGGCGCAACUGGACCUGCAGCCCUGCAAGGAGUCUCGCUGCCUCCCUCCUUCCCUCCCUCCCUGGGUCUCUUCCCAGUUGAAAGCCUGCACUUCUCGCCCAGGUGUGACAUUUUUGGAGUGCCUCAUUGGAACCGCAACCCGCCGACAAGAUGACGGACUCCACACCGCCAGACCCCACCGCCGUCCCGGACCCGGCUGUAGUAGUGGACCCCACAGCGGUGAACGGGCAGUGCGAGCAGGCGGACUCCCAGCAGCAGCCCAACACAGAAAGUCAGGGAGACGGUUUCAAGAUGGACCAGGAGAUGAAGAUAUCAGACAGCAUAGAGGACCGAGGUCUUCUGGAAAGCAGCAUGCGUCUGAAGCCUCAUGAAGCUCAGAGUUACCGCAAGAAAGCUCUGUGGGUGUCCUGGGUGUCCAUAGCCAUCACCAUCAUCCUGGCCAUCGUCGCCUUCACUGUUUCCAUCAUGCGACACAGCGCUUCAGCUUUUGGAUUUGCCUUUGAUGCCACGCUGGAUGUGCUGUCCUCUGUCAUCGUCCUGUGGCGGUACAGCAACGCCGCUGCUGUCCACUCGGCACACCGUGAAUACAUAGCCUGUGUUAUCCUCGGGGUGAUUUUCAUCCUGUCCUCCUUGUGCAUUCUGGGUAAGGCCAUCCAUGACCUGGCCACCAAGCUGCUACCUGAAGUGGACGGAUUCCUGUUCAGCGUGUCCAUCAUCAGCGGCUUGGUGUGCAUCAUCCUGGCUGUGAUCAAGUUUAUGCUCGGCAAAGUGCUCACGAGCCGAGCCCUCAUCACCGAUGGAUUCAACUCACUGGUGGGGGGGAUCAUGGGGUUCUCCAUCCUCAUCAGUGCUGAAGUGUUCAAGCAUGAGCCCAAGGUGUGGUACCUGGAUGGGACAAUAGGCGUCCUCAUAGGUCUUAUCAUCCUGGCCUAUGGAGUCAAGCUACUGCUGGACAUGGUCCCACGGGUCCGUCAAACCAGGAACUACGAGCGUUUUGAGUGAUGGACCGCAGUGGAAAAAGACAAAGGGGGGGUGGG